CUUUGACAGUAGAUAGUGGCUGUUUGUAAAUUCUUGUUGUGAUAAGUUAUUAUCGCUUGCCCUAAAUAAAUAUUUAAAUAGUAAAGUCCGACUAAACAUUUAAAAUGCCUGAGAUUAAAGAAUACGAAUUUAAUGUCGAGAUGACUUGUGAAGGGUGUUCCGGGGCCGUUGAAAGAGUUCUUGGUAAACUUAAAGGUAAAGGUGUUGAAGAUGUAGUAAUAAACAUGGCUGAUCAAAAAGUUUGUGUAAAAGCUUCCUUAUCAUCAGAUGAGUUAUUGGAAGUUAUAAAGAAGACUGGAAAAGCUACCUCUUUUGUGAAAGCCAAAUAAGAAAUAUUACCAUAGUAUUAAACAUGAUAAAUUUUAAACUUCAAUUAUGAGAUUUGCUUGUUAAUUUUAUUGGUGAUGAAAACG